GUGACAGCAUUCGUCCAGUUCUAAUCGCCAUCUUGAAUUUAGUAUUGUGCCAGUCGGGGGGGCGGUGACAUAUUUUACCCGUCAUCGUCAUAAUUUUGUGAAUUUAAUCGAAAAACACCUGAAAAUAGUGCCGUAUAAACGUGUAAAUUAUUUUUUUUAAUACAUAACGUGAAAAUGGCGGGUCAGACAAUAAACGAUAGGCUGUUAGCAGCCCGACACAGCAUCGCCGGGCAGGGAUUAGCAAAGUCCGUCUGCAAAGCGACUACAGAAGAAAUGAUAGCGCCGAAAAAGAAACAUUUAGAUUAUCUAGUACACUGCACAAACGAGCCUAACGUGUCGAUACCGCAGCUGGCCAACUUGCUCGUCGAACGCACCCAGAACACUAAUUGGGUUGUCGUUUAUAAAGCGCUGAUAACCGUUCAUCAUCUACUCGCUUACGGGAAUGAGAGGUUCACACAAUAUCUAGCAUCGAGUAAUUCAACGUUCCAACUAAAUAAUUUCCUAGACAAAAGCGGAGUACAAGGAAUGUAUGUGCUAGCCAUAUCUGUUAUCGGACAUGGUGUAACAAGAAAAAACGAUACCGAUGAUUUUGGAUAUGACAUGUCUCCGUUCAUCCGGCGCUACGCUAAAUACCUCAAUGAGAAGGCGCUUUCAUACAGGACUGUCGCCUUUGACUUCUGCAAGGUCAAAAGGGGCAAGGAGGAAGGCUCGCUCCGCAUGAUGAACGCGGAGAAACUCCUAAAGACCCUGCCGGUCCUCCAGGCUCAGUUGGACGCACUUCUAGAGUUCGACUGCACCGCCAACGAUCUCACCAAUGGAGUCAUCAAUAUGUGCUUCAUGCUGCUCUUCAGAGAUCUCAUUAGGUUAUUCGCGUGCUACAAUGACGGCAUCAUAAACCUACUAGAGAAGUACUUCGACAUGAACAAGAAGAAUUGUCGCGAAGCUCUCGAUCUCUAUAAAAAGUUCCUGAUCCGAAUGGAUAGAGUUGGGGAGUUCUUGAAGGUAGCGGAGAACGUGGGCAUCGACAAGGGCGACAUCCCUGACCUCACCAAGGCGCCCAGUAGCCUUCUGGACGCGCUGGAGGGCCACCUCGCCACGCUCGAGGGCAAGAAGGGCUCCGCCGCCAACACUCCCACUCAAACAGCCAGUGCCCAGAAGAACGUGGCCAGCGUCAUGGGAGCCCUGUCGUCCACGUCGUCCUCGUUCGGCAACGCGGCCGCCUCCACGCGCCUCGACUACCCGCCCGCCGCCGCCGCGCUGCUCAUCGACGACUCGCUGCGACAGCAGGCCCUCGCCGAGGAGGAGGCCGCCAUGAACCAGUACAAGGUGCACUUGUUGCAAGGAGACGAGCUGACCGGAAACGAAGACUUGACGGAAAUAAUCAACAAGGUACAGUCGCCGACGAACGCGGCCAACAACCCGUUCCUAGGCGCGGGGGCUCCGCCCGGCGGCCAGCACGCCAUCGUGGACCUGUUCGGGCCCGCGCCCCCCGCCGGCGCCGCCGCCCCGCCAGCCAAGGCCUCCGACGACCUGCUCUCCCUCGGCAACCCCUUCGCCGACAUGUUCGGGGCCCCGUCAGCUCCGGCGCAGGGCUCCGCCCCGAUGUGGGCGGCGGCGCCGCAGCCCGCGCCCCCCACCAACGGGUUCGCGGCCUUCGCCCCCGCGCCUGCGACACAACAAAACAACACGUUCGUUUCAGAGGCUAACUUCUCUAACGUAUUCAAUAACACUGACAGCACAGCCGCGGCGCCCAACCCGUUCAUGGGCAUGGGGGAGUCGUCCCCCUCGCGGCCCCCGCUGCCCCCCCAGCCCGCGCAGCCGCCCAAGUCCGCCUUCGACGAGCUAGAGGACGUGCUCCGCAUGUCGCUGGGCUCGCCGGCCAAGUGCCAGCCCGUCACGCAGCAGCCGACGGCGCAGCACCAGUCCGCCGACGUCAUGUCGAUGCCGAUGAUGUUCGGCUCGCCGGCCCGCCAGCCGAUGGCGCCGAUGAGCGGUCACCAGGCGCCGCAGCCCGGCAAGGUGCUCACGGGAGACCUGGACUCGUCCCUCGCGUCGCUCGCUAAUAACCUCUCCAUCAACAAGACAGCUGCGGCCCAGAAACCGAUGCAGUGGAACUCCCCGAAGAACGCGUCGAAGCCGGGACAGACCUGGAGCCCGCAGCCCAUGCAGGCCACGACCGGCGCCGGCUACAGGCCGAUGGGCCCCGGCAUGACCUUACCGACCAUGCCCCACACUUUGCCCCACACAUACCACCCCCCGCAUUAUGUUAUGCAACAACCCGGCAUGGCGAUGGGCAUGCCCGGAGCCCCCAUGAUGCCCAUGGCGAUGGCCGCUCCCAUGCGACCCGCCGUACCCCCACAGCCCACCACCAACCAGUUCAGUUAAACCGGAAACACCACCGAAAGGUUUUUAUGUAUCAUCACCACCGACUGUUCCUGGUCCAACAUAAACCACAUCCAAUCUUAGCAGUCUGACUUCAUAUAAACUUGGAACCUGUCAGAGAUUGAACGAAAGGAAUAGAUAAAUUAUUUCUUAAUCAUCUUUUUGUUGAGUAACGGAACAGUCGGAACGUAGUAGUAUUUGGAGCCAUUUGUCUAUGAGAUUUAGUUAGGUACGUUUGUGCUAAGUACCCCGUGUUGCGCUUAAACCUGAAUAGGAGAUAAUAAUUGUUCGGUCUUUAAGGCCCCACUUUAAUUAUAAAGUGUCCCUAGACACUGGGCCCCGUUGUCUAAUUUUAACAUCGACCGUCUGAAUUUAAAAAAAAAUCCUUCCACUUGCUACCGUGGCGCCAUCUUAAUUGUCAUUUUUUAAUACACUGAGUUACAUAAUACUCCUUACUUUCAUACGUUUGAAGAACGUUCUCGUAGGUAUUUCAGGUCGUUUCCGUUUGACACGUCUUUUUUAUAAGGGAUUUUAUGACCUGGUAACUAAGAUCUUUAGGUCAAAUACGAACUGUCAGUUGCAGCCACAGAUUAAUUAUAUCAUUGAUGUUGUAACUCUGUACUCUGUAUAGAGUAUGAUGUUAAAAUUAGACAAUACGGUCCCUGUUUAUUUUGUAUAAAAUAGUGUUUUUUUUUUUUAAAGUUACCACUUUAAAUUUUAAGUGGUUUUCAUUUUUUUCAUCCGUUUUAUUUUAUUUUACAUUAAAAUAAAAUUAUUAGUAUGAUGAUGAUGAUGAUGAUGAUAUGAAUAGAAUUAUUUACGCUUUAUUCUUGUGUAUUUAUUGGAAGUUAAUAUGAAAUCAUAAUAUUUGUAAUUUUCGUUGAUAUUGUUAUUCUCAAUCAUUAAAUCUUAUGUUGCUUUUUUUAAUGAUUUUAUCUUAUGAAAUGUUAUUUUAGUUUCCACGUCGCGAUGAUCACAUUCCAUUAUUGUACAAAUACAUGAAGUCGUCGCGUAGGGAUGUUUCAUUUCAAUAAUGAGAGUUUAAUCGAAAUGUUAAUAUCUAGCAAACAGCCUAUUCGUUUAUUGAUUUUAAGCUGUUCCAAUAAAAAGUAUUUUUUGUCGUUAUUUGUAUGUACGUCAUGUUAAAUUUGAUUCCCAAUGGCUUAUAAAAAAAAAAACGAUUCCGGCCUUGUCAGACAACUGCUCGUGAUGCGAAUAUGGUCUAGGAUCAACUGUGACCAAUUCUUGUGUCUUGGGGAAUAAAAUUGCAACUAAAAAAAAAAAACAAUUGCUCUAUUUUUACUGGAACAGCCUUUAAAAAUAAUGUAUUGAUUAAAUUAACUUAAUAUUCAAAAUAUAUGUAAAACAUGUUAGUCCUUAAUAUUAAGCCUGUGUUGAUUAGAAAAGUUGCCGUUAAAAUAAAAAUUGUAACCACUUAAUAUCCAUUAUUAUGUAAAAAUUAUAAUAAUUGGUAAAGAAAAAAAAAACAGAGAUUCUCUGAUUUGGAUAUUUCAUACUAGAUUGCUUAGCACCAACAUUUUUUGGCAAUACCUUCGAUUUUGAGUAACAGCAACACUUAAUAUUUCGUCAUCUAGUCUGAUCGAUUGCUGGGAUGUGACCAAUCAAUGUGGCAAUGAAUAUUAACCUCUAAAGCCCCACACCCGAGUCAUGAUACUGAACAUCUACUACAUAACCUAACUUGCUGUAUGAGAGCCGAAACUUAGACGAAGCAAAAGCGGUUCGUUUUUCUAUUCAGUAUGUUAAUUUAAAAUCAUCCAUGUACCUUAAUGUGGCUUUGAAGUCUAACAUCGUCUUGACAUUACAACAGUAACACAAAUGUCAAAAUCAAGUCUUCAGAACUGUCACUUGUCAAUAAACAACAUCACAUCUGAACAAUGUAUCAUACGACGUUUGAAAUAAUAAUUUGUAAUCACGCGGAAAUAUCCAAAUGAACGAGUCUCGAAUAUUUUCGUGUAUAAUAAAAUAUAGUAUGUUUAAAAAGAAUACCUACAUUAGAUUGUUGUAUAAUUAGAAGUUACGGGUGUAUAUUGUACGGCUGUUGAUUUAACAGAUGUCGCUUAGGUGCUUGGUUAAGUAGAGGUUCCAGUCACGUUGCAGUAAUUACAAAUAUGGAAGCCACCACGUUUUGUUGUUACUCAUUUUUGGCUCGACGAUACCCUGGGAUGACGUCAAUGAGACGCUUGAGAACAUUCGCUUGUCGCCAACAAUACUCUGUAGCUCGGUUGAAACGUAGAAAUGAACUAAGAAAUUAUCCGACGGUUUCAAAUAACUUUUGUCAAUCAUAAAAAUGCCUAAUAGCCUUACAAUAUUUCCGUCGAAGACUGCCAUAUUUAAUUUCGAAGUAUUACAUUUUGCUUUAUAAUGAGAGACCAAUAAAUCGUUGGGUCUUCCCUUCCGGGUACGAUUUACUGGCAAUGCUUAUGGUAACAAUUAAAUGGUGUUGCCAUUUAAAAAAAUUACAACCUUAAAAAUCGUACCUAUCUUAUGAGCAACACAGUAAUAAAACCCUGAAAUAGUUUGCAUGUGAAUAAUUGUGUCACACAGAUUGUAAUAUUUAUAUAAGACGCUUCUAGUGACUUCUUUAGUGCAUCUCCUCGUUUCUAUAGCUACUGUUUAUAUAUAAAAUAAAAUGUGAUAUCUAAUCGAUUUGGGAUCUGUUGACAUGAUUAUAUCAUGAAAAAAAAAAGAUUGGUAAAUUUUGUGCAAUAUUUUUAUUAUAUCAUGGCACGUUUUGUAUUAAGCUAUUUCGCCAAGUGAGAAGUCCAGUGUAUUAUUUGUUUAGUUUAUUUUUCAGUUGGCAACACUGUACUUUUAGCGAUUCAUGCUAUAACGGAUGGCGGUAAUCGACUGAUAUAAUAUUUAAAUAGCUGAAUUCUCUAUUAGUAUGUAGCGUUUUUUUUUUAUUAAGUGAAAUUAGUGCGUAUUAAUAAUAUGAUUUAAUAAUUAAUAUAUUAUGAUAGCUAUUCAUAACUUUGUUACAAACAUUCUUAAGGUGUAAAUUUUUUUUUUGGAACCCUGUACCGAGUUACGUUUAUGUAAAUAUUAUCUGCUAUGUUAUUUACAAUUGAGCUUCGGCAAUGAAUCUAGAGUAUUUAUGAAAUUAAUAAAUCAAGCAAUACGA